AUGGGCUUCAUCUGCCCUCCGUCUUUCUUCAAUAAUGUCAUUAUGGGCUUCAUCUGCCUUUCGUCUCUCUUCCAUUCCUCUGAUGAGUUCUGCUUCCAUUCUUCUGUUGAGCUCCUCUUCCAUUCUUCUGUCGAGUUCCUCCAUUCUUCUGUCGAGUUCUUCCUCUCUUCUGCCGAGUUCUGCUUCCAUUCUUCUGCUGAGUUCUUCCAUUACUGGCAGAUCUUCUGCUGCUACCACAUAUUCCCCUCCACCACUGAAUAUCUGAUCCUUAAUGAACACAAUUGCACGGUCCACAACGUUAGAAGUCACAAAAUCCAAGCCCAGCUGAACAUGAUCCACCCGGAGAUCUUUCCAGAGCUCAAGACUUUCAAAACAAAGGAGGCCGAGGCAGCGCUGCACGUCUCCAGCGUCAGAGCCCAGUGUCUGCUCAAGUUCCAGCUCAGACCCGUAAUGGGGUGGCAAAGAGACGCCAUCCCUUCCUGCAACACGGAGGAGUUUGUGAAAGAGGCGUCGGAGGUCCCAAACUUUCUGGAGGAAGUGGACAAGUGCAGGGAGAUUUGCUCCACUGCCGCUGCUCAUUGUUCUGGGCAAAGAGAGAAAUCCUUCGAGGUGGUUUUCUUGGGCACAGGAUCCGCUCUUCCGAUGAAGAUCAGAAACGUCAGUGGCACUUUAGUGAAUAUCAGCCCGAGUCAGUCCCUGAUGCUGGACUGUGGGGAGGGGACCUUCGGGCAGCUCUGCAGACACUACGGAGACGCCGUGGACCAAGCUAUGUCCACGAUCUCCACCGUCUUCAUCUCACACCUGCACGCCGACCACCACACGGGGCUGCUAAUGUUGCUGUAUCAGAGGGAAAGACCUUCGCUGGGGAAGCCGUUCACCCACGUGUUCCUGGUGGCCCCGCUGCAAAUCAUUACAUGGCUUACUGAGUACCACGACUACUGCCAGGAGAUCCUGCACCACAUCAACCUCAUCCCGAACACAUAUCUGUGUGCCGGUGCUGAGAUUCCCAAGCAGAGGGUAAAGUCGUUCAUCCAAGCGCUGCUGAGGAAGAACGAUCUGGAUAACUUCCAGACAUGCACAGUGCAUCACUGUAAGAACUCCUUCGCCUGCAGCUUCACACACACAUCAGGCUGGAAGCUGGCCUUCUCCGGCGACACCAUGCCCUGCAACGCCUUCGUGCAGACCGGAAAGGAUGCAACCUUGCUGAUCCACGAGGCAACGCUGGAAGACGGGAUGGAGGAGGAGGCCGUGGAUAAAAAACAUAGCACCACCUCCCAGGCCAUCGGCAUCGGCAUGAGGAUGAACGCCGAGUUCAUCAUGCUGAACCACUUCAGCCAGCGCUACGCCAAGAUCCCUCUCUUCAGCGAGGACUUCGACGACAGGGUGGGGAUCUCCUUCGACCACAUGAGGAUGCGCUUUGAGGACUUUAAAAUCCUUCCCAGGCUCAUCCCAGCUCUGAAAACCCUCUUUGCCGAGGACAUCGGUGAGAUGGAGGAGAGGAGAGAGAGGAGGGAGCUGAGAAACCUGAGAGAAAGCAGCUCCGAGGCGUCCAGCGAGCAGAAGAUGGCCGACGAGGGCCGAGGUGCCAAAAGAGACCAGGAGGAGGCAGCGCCGCGCAGCGUGGAGACCAAGAGGCUGAAGACCGUCUGAGGCUGAGGGAUCAACUAACACUUUCCCUGAGAGAACUCUUGAGUUUUUUUAUUUAAAUCAAUUUGAGUUUUUGUGUGCUUGUGUGGUUUGAAUCUAGAAAAAUUGUGUAUAUUUCCUGCAAUGCAGUGUAUAAAGCUAAGCUACAAAUAUAGUUUUU